AUGAAAUCCUAUCAGACCAGUCACUUGGUAACAAAUGAAAUAAACAGUUCCAAGCAAGAUGUCUGCACCAAACGACGACAUGGAGAUGGAGAAGAUAGCAGAAGAUGAACUAUCCAAGCUGCAGCGACAGUACCGUGUGAUGGAGUUAGAGAGAGGUGCCGUGUGCGCAAGCGCGCGGCCCGCGCUGCGUCUGCAGCGGCAGAUGGUGGCCACACUCAGUGCACAUUUAGAGAACAUCAUGUUAGAACUUAAGUUAACAAACAGCACAUCGAAUGUUCUGGAAAAUGCCAGAACCAGAGAGAAGAUAUUAAUUAUGCUAAAAGAGCACGAGAAGUAUUCGUCUGAAGUUCGUGAGCAUCGCAGCAACAUCACCGAGCUGAACUUCCUCCUCAAGCAGGUGCAGAAGGAAAUAAAAGCAUUGAAGUCGAAAGGAACGACUGUUGAUAAGGAAUGCGCGUUGGAGGUAACGAAUCAGGGCAUGGUGGCGCAGCUUGAGAACCGAUUGGACACCGCCAUGAAGAAGUUCAACGCCGUCAACAGCGACAACUACAGCAUGCGACUGCAGAUCGACUGUCUACUGCAAGACCGUCAGUUCUUCAAUACGACAUGGCGCAAGCAGCUGCGGAAGCUGAUGGCCGGCAAGGCGCAGCUGUUAGAGCUGGUGGAGCAGGCUAUUGGCGCACACGAGCUGCGCGAGGAGAGCUGUGCGCGCCUGCACGCAUUGCGCGAACAGGCCGCUCAGCAGUACAGAAAGCAUUGCCUUGAAGUGCGUGAGCUGCAGCGGCAGCUGGAGCACAGCGUAAAGCUGGAGCAGUUCCUGCGCACCAAGGGCACGGUGCGGCUGACGGCGGCGGACGCGCGGGCCGAGGCGCGACGACAGCACAAACACGAACUCGAAGCGCACGCUUAUAACAACCACCUCAACGUUCUCGACGCUAUAAAGGAGUUCACGGGGGAGCAGGAGCUGGGCCGCCUGCGGCAGGAGUUCACGCGUCGGGAGGAGGAGAACUAUGCGCUAUUCAACUACGUGAACGAGCUACAUGCCGAGCUGACCGCGCUCGCUGACAGCGUCAACCAGCUUAAUGACGCCAUUGAUGAUGAGAAAGCUAAGCACGAGGCGCGGAUGUACAAGCAGCAGGACAGCGUGGAGUCGCUGCGCAGCGAGCUGUCGCAGCUGCGCGAAGCUCGAGAGCGUGCGCAGCUGCACUGCGCCACCAGCGAGCACGCACUGUCAGCUUUACUGCGCCAAGUGCGCGAACUGGCGCAGUCAUGUGAGUGCGAGUCGCUGCCAUUGUUGAAGUUGGUGGGUGGGACACUGGACGUGUCGGCAAGCAGCGCGCGUCUUUACCUCACCAGCCUCGAGCAUAGGCUGCGGGAGAUGGUCGACCUUAUUAAGAUGGAUGAGGCUAUGCAACGUCACGCGGAUGCUAAGACGCGCACGCCGCCGCCUGCGCGUCGUGCUCGCCGCGCCCCGCCCUCGCCGCGUCCACCGCGCUCGCUGCUCGCGCACGCAUAGACACAAGCCCUUUCCCUCCAUGCGUGCAUGCCGACACGCCCCCGCAUGCCAAUGCUUUUGCAUUUCGUUUUAAGCACGCUUAGCCGUAGCUAA